UUAUCCCUUUUUUAGAAGAUAUUUGGGAAAAGUAUAUAUUAGAUAAAUAUGUAAAUGAUGGAAAUGAACCUAAAUUUUUUAUAUCAUGCAAUAGUAAUAUUAGUCAUAGUAAACGUAUCAAUGUAGGAGAACAAAUGGAUAUUUGUAGAACACUUUUAAGAAGUAUGAAGCAUCUAUAUAGUACGUAUAAAUCAGAUAACGACCUUUCUAAACACUGUUACAAUAUAUACUAUUGGUUAUAUUAUGAAAUAAAGCAACAUAGUAUUUCUUAUGAUACUAUUCAAAGUAUUUUUGAUUCAUCAAAUAGUCUAAUAGAGAAAAAACAAAAAAACGUUGACUGUUUUGAUUUGAAGCUCUAUAAAAUCUUCGAUGAAGCAGAAAAUUUAGUAAUGUUACAUAUAUUUAAUAAUAAUAUUAAUGUUAUUCGAGAAAUAUUAACCCAAAAUGAUGAUUCUAAUAUAUGCUCUUGUAAAGAAUUUAUCCAACAAUGUAUAGAUUCAUAUAGAAAUAUGCGUUUGACACACUGUCCGAAUGUUACAUUUUCGACGGAAAAAAUGCAUACUUGUCUUCCAGUAAAUAUGUUUGAAACAAAUUAUAAGGAAUUACAUUCCAGCAAACUGAUAGAUUAUGAAUUAUCAGAAUUAUCUUCUAUAACUUCUACAAAUAUUAUAGAUGAUUGCCAAUCAGAAAAAAUUGAUGCAGAUCAAGCUUCUACAGUACAGAAUAUACAAUCAGAUCCUUCUAUAAUACAAAGAGCAUCACAUGCUC